AUGGACUACGUUGACGACGAAGAGUGGGCGAGUGAGCCCAUUGCUAUCAUUGGCAUGAGCUGCAAAUUUUCAGGCGGCGCAAGUAGCCCAGCAAAGCUAUGGGACCUCAUGGCUUCCGGUCGGACUGGCUGGAGUGAAAUCCCAAAAGAUCGGUUCGACUUAAAGGGAGUCUACCACCCUAAUCAUGAGAGAACCAGCACGUCACACGUAAAAGGCGGCCACUUCCUGGACGAAGAUGUUGCAGCCUUCGACGCCGCAUUCUUCAAUUACUCGGCAGAGAUGGCACAGGUCGUGGACCCACAAUUCCGGCUCCAACUCGAAUCCACGUAUGAAGCCCUUGAAAACGCUGGCUUGCCUCUCUCGAAGGUGAUGGGAACCCAGACAUCUGUCUUUGCCGGUGUCUUCACACACGACUAUCAAGACCAGAUAAUAAGAGAUGAGGACCGGCUACCACGGUUCAACGUAGUGGGGACCUGGAGCCCUAUGUCUUCAAACCGAAUUUCGCAUUUUUACGAUUUCCGCGGUGCCAGUAUGACCUUAGAGACAGGGUGCUCGACAACAUUAGUAGCACUACACCAGGCCAUACAGACCUUGCGCAACCGCGAAGCCGACAUGUCCAUGGUGACUGGAUCCAACGUUAUGCUCAACCCAGAUACGUUCAAAGCAAUAGGUUCCCUAGGCAUGCUGUCCCCUGACGGCAGAUCGUGGGCCUUCGACUCCCGCGCCAACGGCUACGGUCGUGGUGAGGGUGUUGCGACCGUGAUUGUCAAGCGCCUAUCAGAUGCACUGGCAGCCAAUGAUCCCAUAAGAGCAGUCAUCCGCGAGACGGCCCUGAACCAGGAUGGAAAAACGGACACUAUAACAACGCCAUCUGGCUCUGCCCAAGUGGACCUUAUGCGCGAAUGUUACCGUCGCGCUGGCUUAGAUCCCCGAGGUACCCAGUAUUUCGAAGCUCAUGGCACUGGAACGCCUACCGGUGAUCCCAUCGAGGCCAGUGCAAUGGCCGCCAUAUUCGCCAAUAGUGAGGGCCGUGAAAGAGAGGCUAACUACCUGCACAUUGGCUCUGUCAAGACCAACGUUGGCCAUACUGAAGCGGCUUCUGGCCUAGCUGCCAUCAUCAAGGGCGUCCUUUGCCUAGAAAAAGAAUUGCUUCCACCAUCUGUAAAUUUGGAGACGCCCAACCCAAAGCUCAAGCUCGAUGAGUGGCGUCUCAAGAUAGUCAGGGAAUUGCAGUCCUGGCCGAAGAGUUUAGUCGACGGGCCAAAUCGUUUAUCAGUCAACAACUUCGGAUACGGCGGUGCAAAUGCCCACGUCAUUAUGGAGAGCGCCGAUCCGUGGACCUCAACGCCAGAAUUGGACUUUGGAGACACCAACGACCACGAUAAUGAUGAGGAAACUGACGCUGCUAAAGUGCUCGUACUCAGUGCCCGUGACGAACGAGGUUGCCAGCAAAUGGUGUCCGACCUCCGAGAGUAUUUGAAGAAUCAUGAGUCGCUUGAUCAUGAGGCCUCAAAGGCGCUUUUGAGCAAUCUCAGUUACACUCUGGGCGAGCGAAGAACUCUCUUCCAAUGGGUUGCGGCAUACCAGGUGCGGCUCAAUAACCACGGAACACUCGACGCCGCCAUCCAGGCCCUAGACACGCCUCGCUUCAAGCCUGCACGCCGACCAGCAAAUAGCCCCCGCAUUGGGAUGAUCUUCACGGGUCAGGGUGCUCAGUGGUACGCCAUGGGACGCGAACUCCUUUCCUCUUAUCCAAUUUUCCGUCAGUCUAUCGACGAAGCUGAGGCCCACUUGCGCGCCUUUGGCGCCAAGUGGUCGCUCAUUGAAGAAUUGAAUCGCGAUAAGGCGACAACUAAGGUCCAUACCACGAAUAUCAGCAUCCCCAUUUGCGUGGCCUUGCAAAUUGCCUUAGUACAGCUGCUCGAAUCGUGGGGUAUUCAGCCCACCGCUGUCACGAGCCACUCGUCCGGCGAGAUCUCCGCUGCCUACGCCGUGGGUGCCCUUACGCAUCGUCAAGCCAUGGCUGCAGCCUACUGGCGGGCCGUCCUCGCAGCAGAUGAAUCAAAGCGCCCGUCUGGCGCUCCUGCGGGUGCUAUGGCUGCUGUUGGCCUUGGGGCGGAGGCAGCCAAGUCCUACAUCGACAAAGUCUCAGAUAGUAACGGAAAGGCUGUCAUUGCAUGCGUCAACAGUCCCCAGAGUGUCACUGUUUCUGGCGAUUCUAGUGCUGUCCAAGAAAUUGAAGACAUGUGCAAGAAGGAUGGCGUGUUUGCGCGUAAGCUCAAGGUCCAGCAGGCCUACCACUCCCACCACAUGGAUCACUUCGCUGAGGCCUACCGCGAGCACCUUCGACUCGAGAUGUUCAAGGAUGCAAACAAACAGCAAGCUCCGAAAGAACUCAAGGCGAUCUUCUCGUCGGCAGUUACAGGGAGUCGUAUGACCAAUCUAAAAGACAUCGCGCAUCCGGACCAUUGGGUCGGUAGUCUAGUUGGAGCAGUGGAAUUCGUAGACGCCUUCACAGAUAUGGUUCUAGGUGAUCUUGAUGAUCCAUCGGGCAGGAGUGUCGAUGUUUUGCUCGAGGUUGGCCCCCAUACCGCACUGGGAGGCCCCAUCCGGGAGAUCUUAUCACUGGCUGAGUUUGAGGGCAUCGAACUUCCUUAUUGGGGCGCACUUGUACGUGACGAGCAUGCCGGAGACAGCAUGCGCUCGGCUGCCUGCAACUUAUUCCGCGAAGGGCUGCCAUUGAAUAUGAGCGAGAUCAACUUCCCUGUCUCUGCUUGUGACGAUGAAGGUCCUCGAGUUUUGACCGACCUGCCGUCAUACCCCUGGAACCACACUAUGCGCCACUGGCAAGAGGCACGAGUUAAUCGGGCAAUUCGCGAACGCAGCCAGCCACCCCACGAGCUACUAGGCAUGCCCGUUGCUGGCAAUGACCCCAGCAUGGCUGUAUGGCGCCGCGUCAUGCGGGUUAGCGAAACCCCCUGGAUUCGUGACCACAUGGUGCAAGGAGCGAUUGUUUACCCCGGGGCAGGUUCCAUCUGCCUGGCAAUUGAAGCUGCAAAGCAAUUGGAGGUGCAGAAGAGUGAGGCCUCUCAGCACAUUUCAGGAUUUCGUCUUCGUGACAUCAAGUUCCUUUUUGCACUAGUGGUCCCUGACAACGCAGACGGCGUCGAGAUACGCACUAUGCUACGGCCCGUUCCUGAGCGCGAGAUUGGCGCCUCCGGCUGGCAGCGAUUCGAAAUCUCCACAGUCACAUUAGAGAACCGAUGGACUGUGCAUGCUCAGGGGUUGAUCAAAGUCGAGCGAGAAGCUAUUUGCCCAGAGAAUCUAGCGGAGCGCAGUCCGAUAUCUACUUACACACGUCAUCCAGAUCCCCAGGACCUCUUCGCCAACCUCCGAGCACGCGGAGUUUAUCAUGGGCCUCUUUUCCAGAACACCACCAAAAUCACCCAGGAUGGGAAGGAACCGCGAUCCAUUUGCGAUAUUACCAUUCAGUCCGAGGCUUCGUCCGACACAGAUCCAGUUCUGGCGGCGAACGAUACCUUGAUUCACCCUAUCACAUUAGAUGCUGUUGUUGUGUCGUUCUAUUCCACGCUCCCGAGUGUUGGCGCCCUGCAGCAGGACCCUAAACUGCCGUCAUCUAUAGCAUCGUUGUGGCUGUCGAGCGACAUCAGCCACGAAAUUGGGCACACCCUGCGCUGCGAUACAUUACUACAGCACGAUGAUGCCCAAAGCGGCAGUGUUGACAUCAAUGUCCUCGAUCCCCAGACCGAUGCUACGGUGCUCAAAAUGCAGGGUCUUCAAUGCUCCUCUCUGGGGCGUGGUAGUGGAGCCACAGCACGCCAGGACGCUGCCAACAAGGGCACCACUAUUACCAGCAAGUGGGAGCAAGAUCUUUGCGGAAAGUUGGUUUGGAACACUGACCUAUCUCUCCAACAGCCCCAGGCUCUAGAGUUUAUCAAGAAGCAAUUGAUUUCUGCUCAGUCUGGUGUCACCGGCUCGGAGGACAUUGUCAAGGGCCUUGAACGUGCGUGCUUUUACUUCGCACAUGAUGCACUUCAAGCCGUGUCAAAAGAAGACGUAUCCCAGCCAUACCUCGUCAAGUACUAUGAAUGGCUCAUUGAAAUGGUCAAUAAGGCCAACAGCAAUUGGGCACGGGAUAGCAUUGAGGAGCGACAAAAUUGCAUCGUCGAUGUGGCCUCCCAGAGCUUCGAUGGCGAAUUAAUUUGCCGCCUCGGUCCCCUCCUUGCGAAGAUCCUCCGCAGUGAUCUUCCCAUGAAAGAGGUCACAGAGAUGCUCCAUGAGUAUAACGCCAGAUCGUUGCGUCAAGAACCAGCACUUGGUCAAUUCUCCACGCUGCUUCGCACACUUGCCCACAAGAACCCCGAAGCCAAAGUCCUCCAGAUCGGCGAUGGUUCUGGGGUCCAUGUCACACGUCGCUUGCUGGAGGCCCUCGGAACGCCCAGAAUGCCUCUGGUGGGCAGCUGGCACGUAACUGAACCCAAUUCAGAGGCCUUGGACGAAGCCCGAACGCAACUUGCCGACUGGGCUGAUCUGCUCGCUUUCGACCAACUCGACAUCGAUCGGAGCCCAUCCAAACAGAAGUUUGACCUUGCAAGCUACGAUAUUGUCAUUGCACCCCAAGUUCUACAUGCCACAAGUGAUGUUGCCCAGGCCACAGCGAAUAUUCACAGCCUCCUAAAGCCAGGCGGUACUUUACUGUUGGGCGAGACGACCAGCGGUCAGAUCGACACAGAUUUCGUAUUUGGUCUUUUACCAGGCGGGUUGGUUUCUCAGGCAUCUUCAUGGGAUGACUUGCUUGUGGGUACUGGAUUCACUGGCGUUGACCUUAAGGUCGGUAAUUCAGAGAGCGACGUGUUGCAUUCCAGCACGAUCAUCAUGUCCACGGUCCCAAUUGCCGAAGAUCAGAGACCUGAUCUGAACCGAGUCAAAGGCCAAGAGGAAUUCGCCGUUGUUACAACCAGCAUGACACCUCCACCAGCAGGCGUCGUUGACCUGCUCUCUCAUUCCAUUCAAGCCUGUGUCGGUACCAGGCCCGAGCAUCUCAUCCUCGAGAAGAGCAGCCGUGACGCCUACAAGAAUAAGAUUUGUGUAUUCAUAGGCGAGAUCGAAGAAUCCAUAUUGGUGAACCUUGACACAGUGCGCAUGGAGGGUAUUCGCUCCAUGGUCACGCAGUGCAAUGGCUUGCUAUGGGUCACCAAAGGCGGUGCCGUCGACAGCAAGACACCCGAACAAGCUCUCAGCCAAGGGUUCUUACGCGUGCUCCGCAACGAGUACGUCGGACGUCGCUACAUCUCUCUCGACCUGGAUCCCACUCCUGAAGCAAGUGUAUCAUCUCAGGGCAAAGAUAUCGUCGUUGCGACUAUCGUCAAGGUUCUCGAAGAAGCAUUCGGCCGUGCUGGUUCCGCCGAGGCUGCACCAGCUGAGUUUGAGUAUGCUGAGCGUAAUGGCGUACUACUUAUUCCUCGUGUCUAUAAAGACGAGCAGUACAACAAUAUGGUCACGGGUUUGACCGUGCCGACUUGGAGUGCAGCCUCACAAAGCAAGGAUAAAAACGCAGGCGACGAUUCCCCUGUCGGUAUCCCACUGGAGCCAUACUUCCAAGAGAACCGCCCUCUGCGGCUUGAAGUGGGUAUCCCUGGACACUUGGAUACAAUGGCCUUCGUUGAUGACAUGAAGCACAAUGGAGACCUGGCACCUGAGCAAGUUGAAAUUGCAGCACACGCCUAUGGAUUGUGUUCGCGAGACACGCUUGCUGCAAUGGGCCAACUCAAGGAUCGGUCCAUGGGCCUUGAGUGCGCGGGUGUCCUUCGCAGCGUUGGUUCUGAAGCCAAGUCACAGGGCUACAACGUUGGUGACCGUGUAAUGGCACUCCUACCAAGCAGUAACUUUGCCAGUCACGCGCGUGUCUCCUGGCAAAGCGUCGUCCCCAUUCCCGAUGGCAUGGACUUCAACACCGCCUCAUCCCUUCCCCUAGCCUACACGAUCGCUUAUCACGGACUCAUCAAUGCGGCACGACUCGUCGCUGGACAGUCGGUUUUCAUCCAUGCCGCCGCCGGUAGCCUAGGUCAGGCCGCCAUCAUGCUGGCAAAGCACUUGGGAGUGACGGACAUCUAUUGCACCGCUGGCUCCCAACAGAAGCGAAAGCUCCUCCAAGAUGAAUAUGGCAUUCCUGAAGAACGGAUCUUCAAUAGUCGUGAUACCUCCUUUGCUUCUUCUAUUUUAGCUACCACCAAAGGCCGCGGUGUCGAUGUCGUCCUGAAUUCGUUACCAGGGCCGUUCUUGCAGGCCACCCUCGAAACAAUAGCACCUUUAGGCCAUCUGAUCCAGGUCAGCAAGGAAGAGCAGGAGACCAACAGGCUAGUCGCCCUCGAGUCCUUCUCUCGCGGUGUUUCGUUCGUUACGAUUGACAUCCCCAUGCUCUUACGCAGUCGUGGACCUGAUGUUCAUCGUGUGCUUGGCGAGGUAUCUCGUCUUGUCAAUGAAGAGAAACUGAAGCCGGUGCAGCCCGUCGAUGUUCAUUCCAUGAAAGAUAUUCAAGGUGCCUUCCAGUUCGUACAAACUGGUGCACAAAUCGGGAAGGUCGUGAUUUCUGCUGGACCUGGCGAGCAGGCUCCCGUGGUCCCACGGCCUAAAGGUGUUACGCCUUCUCACCGAUUACGUCCCGAUGCUUCAUACCUCAUCAUUGGCGGUCUGGGUGGUAUCGGCCGCUCAAUUGCUUAUUGGUUAUUCCGUCAAGGUGCAAAGAACAUCAUCCUAAUGUCACGAAGCGCCAGUGAUCUCGAUCUCGAGAAGAACAAGAACACUGAAGGCGCGCUAUUCAUCAACGAGCUGCGUGCCGAGGGUUGCCGUGUGAUGCCCGUCAGCUGCGACAUCUCAAUCGCCAGCUCGCUCGUGAAGGCGCUCCAUGCCUGCGAGAUGGAGGGACUCCCACCUGUGCGCGGUAUAGUUCAAGGCGCCAUGCUCCUGCGCGAUGCUAUCUUCGAGCAGAUGACGCUCGAUGACUGGCAGAGUGGCCUGCGACCCAAAUACAAUGGUACCUUCAACCUCCAUACCGAGUUCUCGGAGCCUGGAUCACUCGACUUCUUCGUCAUGCUUUCAUCUGUCUCUGGUGUCUUGGGAAUUGCUUCGCAGGCCAACUAUGCAGCUGGCGGCUCCUACGAAGAUGCCCUUGCGCGAUGGCGCCAGUCGCAAAGUCUUCCUGCUGUCUCCAUCGACUUGGGCCCAAUCUCAGAUGUUGGAUACGUUUCGAAGGAGGCAAAGGUUGCCGAGCGCUUGCGCAAAGAAGGCGACUUCGCCAUGCUCGACGAGGACAUCGUCUUGCGCGCGCUGAGCGCCGCUCUUGCAGAUGCCUCUUCUCACCAGGAAGCGGCCUCCCUAAUUGGGGCCACUAUUGCUUCCAAGCUCGCCGACAUCUUUAUGACACCUGUUGCUGAGAUUGAUCUCGCCCAGCCGCCGGCCUUCUUUGGUGUCGAUUCCCUCAUCGCUGUUGAGCUGCGCAAUUUGCUGGUUCUUCAGGCUGCGGCUGACAUAUCUAUCUUCGAUAUCUUGCAGACUGGUUCCCUAGCUGCACUCGCUACCACCGUUGCAGAGAAGAGUCGUCAUCUCAAAAUUGCUACUUAACAUUUAUAGCCCAAUACAUUCUAUUCCCAUCUCUCGGCGUUUCUCCACCUCUUUCUCCUGGCAGGACUACAUCACAUACAGUACAUAUAUCGACCUUUGUUCAAGCCUUCCAGGUGUACCCAUUUUUAUAGAAACCAU